CAUCACCACGGUCCUGACCAUGACCACGUUAAGCAUCAGCGCACGCCACUCCCUCCCCAAAGUCUCCUACGCCACCGCCAUGGACUGGUUCAUUGCCGUGUGCUUCGCCUUUGUCUUCUCCGCUCUCAUAGAGUUCGCUGCCGUCAACUACUUCACCAAUGCAGAGAUGGAGAGACUGAAAAGGAAGCCGGCAAAAUGCCCGCCGGCGCCCCAAACAACCCCAGUGAAAGUGAAGGAUAUGGAGGAAGUUCUGCAGCAUAACCCUGACACCAAUGGUAACCUGCGGAAACGGAUGAACUAUAUGUCCCAGCAAGAUGGCCAGAAAGCAGAGUCCAACAGCACAGCAGCGGCAAGAGGGGUAACCAGGAAACAACCCCAGUCUGGCCAAUCAUCUUCAUCCAAGGGGGCAACUGGCGGCGCCAUCAUCCUACCACACUCCAGCCCCGGCCCCGCCAGCCAACCCAACACUUCCUCCUUGACCCUGUCUGCCAUGAACAUGCCCCUGGCUCCACCCACAACUGAGAAAGCAAUGACAAUACCAGCCAACCAGAGCCAGCCCAUCGCUGACUCCUCGCUCCAGGACCUUCUAGGACCCAGACUGGAGCACAUUCAGCUGAUGGGCAAAAAUGAGCCCAAGCAGUCGCCAUGCUCCCAGCCGACCACCGCCAGUAUGGGCGGGACCAGUAAAAUCGACAAGUAUGCCCGCAUCCUGUUCCCAGUGUCCUUUGGCGCAUUCAACAUGGUGUACUGGGUGGUUUACUUGUCGAAAGAUACCAUGGAGGCCAAAUUUAGAGGCCAAAUCUAGUUUCUAGCUCCUCUUGGGGUCAUUUUGGGAAUCAUUUUCUACAAAAUGUAAAAUGACAGGAGAAAAAGAGCUUUGGAGACAUGGGAGAUUAAAUCAUUUUUUCAACUAACAAGGAAACCAAAUAUGCUGGACAAGAGCCUCAAAAGAUUACACCCAGGAAUACUAAUCUCAGCACAUCUGUUUGUUUAAUUUCCGAGAGGUCUUCUGAGAAUGAGCAUGGUAACAAAACCAUAAAACCAUUUUUUUUUAAAUGUCUGAUUCAAACAAAUAUCACAACUAUACUCUGGGUGGCCAUAUCCAAUAUGCAAUACAGUAAUGGUUUGAUGGAUUGGUUAGUAGUUCAUACGGUUUUGUGCGCUACUUGUUAUUGUGCAUCAUCCUACUAUUAAUGUAGAAUGCCAUGCACUACCAUGAGUCCAUCGGGACACGCCCAGUAGUUCUGUUGGUUACCAUCUGGGCGCACUACGUCAUUUCAACAUGGAAUGUUGGUAAUAUUUGGUUGAGACGUUGAUCAAUAAGAUUUCA